AUGGCAGACUGUAUUUUGCAAGCAAUAUCGGCAGCAUUUUGGGCAACAAUAAUACCGGCAGUACUUGUAGCAAUAUGUGAAGGCAUUAAGGGAUGUUUGGGUUUGAAAGAAAGUGUGGAAGGUCUUGAAAGAGAAGUAAAUCAACUUACUAACCAGUUGGCCGACUUGCAAACAAACAUGACAAAGUUGGAAGAAGGAGGUAUAAGGAGGAGGCAAGAAGUUGUUGGUUGGAUUGAGCAAGCAACAAAGCUGAUAGAAGACUUUCCAACUGUAAAAGAAAGGGCAAUACACGGGCAAUGCUGGGAUGAGUGUUCAAGUAUAAAUCUUGUCAAAAAGAUGACACAAGCAGUUAAAGAUGCUAGGAAUGAACUCAAAAAUAUUGUUCAACUUACAGUUGAUGUGGAUGAAUGCACAAUACCGGAUGAAUGCACAAUACCUUCACUAGAUGUCUCUCAGUUAUCUGGAAAAACAUCUAAUGAUAAUUUAGAGAAAUUAUAUGGAUGGUUAGAGGAUGACAAAAUCUCGAGCAUUGGUGUGUGUGGGAUGGGAGGUGUUGGGAAGACAACUUUGGUCAAACAUAUACAUAAACGAAUCCUCCAAAAAAUGCCCCAUGUUAAAGUUUACUGGGUCACACUUCCUCAAGAUUUUAGCAUAAAAAAGUUGCAAUAUGACAUUGCCGAAAUUGCAGGGCUUCAAUUUCUUGACAAGAAUGAAGAGCAAAGAGCAACCAUUUUACACCAACACUUAGUGGGGAAGAAAACUAUACUCAUAUUGGAUGAUGUGUGGAAAUGCAUUCCCUUGGAGAAAUUGGGUAGCCCUCAUAGAAUUGAAGGGUGCAAGUUCAUUAUAACUUCACGCUCACUAGAAGUAUGUCGCCAAAUUGAGUGCCAAGAAUUGUUCAAAGUCAAAACUCUUAAUGAAAAUGAAGCUUGGGAUUUGUUCAAAGAGAAUUUAUUACUUCAUGGUCAUACCGUGCUCACCAAAGAUAUUGAAAAAUAUGCCAAAAAAUUGGCCAAAAAGUGUGGCGGCUUACCAUUGGCACUCAACACAAUAGCGGCAAGCAUGCGGGGGGUGAAUGAUGAUCACAUCUGGAGGAAUGCCAUUAAGAGUUUCCAAAAUCUUUCUCUUCAAAUGGAAGACUUGGAAAAUAAUGUGUUUGAAAAACUCAAAUUUAGCUACAAUAGAUUGAGUGAUCAAAGGUUGAAAGAGUGUUUCCUUUAUUGUUGUUUGUAUCCUGAAGAUUAUCAUAUUGAUAAGGAUGAAAUAAUAAUAAAGUUGAUUGUUGAGGGAUUAUGUGAAGAUAUAGAUGAGGGUCAUUCCAUAUUGACUAAACUAGUGAAUGUUUUCUUAUUGGAAGGAGGAGAAGGGUAUGUUAAGAUGCAUGAUUUAAUAAGAGAAAUGGCUUUAAAGAUCUCAAAGUUCAUGGUUAAAUCUGAGCUUGUUGAUAUUCCAGAGGGGAAAUAUUGGACCGCUGAAUUGGAGAGAGUUUCCUUGAGUUCAAGUACAUUGAAAGAAAUUCCAAAUGACUUUUCACCCAUAUGCCAUAAGCUUUUAACCUUGAAUUUGAGAGAAACUUCAACCUCGGAUUCUAUUAGGGGAAGUGGCAUUAUUAAAGAAAUCCCAGAAUCUUUCUUGAAGUACAUGCCACAGCUUCAAGUCCUUGAUUUAAGUUAUAACACUAAUCUUAAGUGUCUUCCCGAUUCUAUCUCAAAUUUGGAGAAUCUAUGUGGAUUAUUUCUUCAAGGUUGUAGACACAUUAGUUGUUUGCCAGCAAUGAAGAAGAUGAAGAAAUUGCGGGUGUUAAAUAUUCAAAGUUGUCAUAGAAUUAGGGAAUUGCCUCAAGACAUGGAAUGCUUAGUGAGUCUCCAAUAUCUAUAUAUGAAGUACACAAGCAUACACUUGGAGAUUCCAAAAGGGGUAAUAUCCAAACUAAGAAAUCUUAAAUGCAUCCAAUUGGACAACGGUGGGAGGUUGCUGAGUGAAGAUUUGAAUUGUUUGCCACAUCUUCAAGAAUUUUGGUGCUGCUAUAAUGAACUGCACGACUUCAACAGGUUGGUUAAAAAUCUUAAGCAACUGAAAUGCUACUACAUAUGUGUAAGCAGUAGUAUGGAUAUUCACAGGCCGAGUUCACACUGGGGCAGUAAUGUGAAGAAGGUGGAUUUCACGGGAAUCAAUUUUACAUUAGUUUUGCUUCCUGCAAACAUUACUUCUUUAAAAAUUGAAGAUUGUGAAGAGCUAAAUGGGUGCAUAGCAGACUAUUUUCAAUCAAUAAUGAGUACUCUGAGACAACUAGAAGUAAAUGACUGCCCGGGAGUAGAGUGGAUUUUGAACAGCGAACAAAUAAUAGAAAAUGCAAGCAACACUGGUGCCACCCCAUAUGAGAAUCUUGAGGUGUUGACUCUCAUGUCGCUGCCAAAUUUAAUAAGUGUGUGUAAGGGAGAAGAUGUAAUUCUUCCAGAUUAUUGCACCUUCUCAUCCCUUAAACAUCUCUUUAUCCAAAAAUGUAAUAGUAUGAAGAAGUUGUUGCCACACUCAUUAUCGCAAAAUCUCAAAAAUCUUGAGAAACUUGUUGUGACUGGCUGCUCUCAACUAGAAGUGGUAAUAGGAGGAGUUGGGGGGGAUGAAGAAGAAGAAGGUAGUAACAAUACCCCAGUAUAUCUCCCCAAGCUUAAAGAAUUACUUCUAAAUAACUUGCCUGAAUUGAAAUGCAUAUGCAAUGAUAGGGAAAUGAUUUGCCCUUCCAUUGAAAAAAUAAGCAUUUGGCGUUGUACAAAUGUAAAGAGGAUGCCUUCAUUUCUCCCCAUUAAUGAGUCUACUGAACAACCAUACCUUCCUUCAUCCUUUCGAAAGAUCGGAUUACUUGAAGUUGAGAAAGAAUGGUGGGAAUCGUUGGAGUUGCACAAUCCAAAUGCAAAACACAUCCUUCAAUCUCACAUCGAAUGGUAA